UUAGAAGAUGAAUUGGACGAGGAGUUCUGGAUUGAGGUAACAAAUUUGCGUGCUGUAGAAAAACAAAUUUUUGCUAAUGUGUUUUUCUACUAUUUUUGGUUUCCUGUAAAGAUUGUUGCUGAAAACUAAACAUUUUGUGGAUGGUGGCAGUUCGUUUUUAUUUUUUCCGCCAGGGGUUGCGAACCAUCCUUUGUGUAAGUUCGAUUGCCACCCGAUAGAGUAAGGUUAAAAGGUCUGUAAGUACUUCAUGACAGCAAAUUGGAUAUUUGAGAUCCAACAAUUUCUACUCCCAGCUACUCUCGUAAAAACACCUUACAUCGUUACUGUUAGAUGUAAAAAUAGAGCCUUGAAGGCCAUGGAUUCUUUCCUGUCAACCAAUUACAAAAAUUUGAUCUUCUUAUCAAAGGUACGUCAAAAGCAGAGUGAAGGCUUUUCUUGGAGUGUUGCUAUGAGUGAAGUGCGGAUUAAAAGGAUGAUUCAGAAAUACAAAGAUAAUGGGGAACUGGACAGUGAGGAUCCAGCACUCUUGAUGUUAAAAACGUGGCCAGCAUCUGGAAAAUACAAAGAUAAUCCCGAUAGACUUCCAGGCCUUGAACAACUGGUUUGUAUAUUUUAACAACUCAUAAACGAUUCCAUUUUUUUAGGGGAAUUUAUUAGCUUACUACAGAGCAGUGCUCCGACAAUAACGGAAUUAAAUCAUGUGUUUUUCCUUUAACUUGGUCUGUUUAAUUUGACGUGUGAAAAUUUUUUUGACCUAUGGCUCUUUGUCCUAAUCAGUGAUACAGUUUUGAUUUAGAUACAUUAAAUUAUAGUUUAUGUAUUGUUAAAAAGUCGGAAUUGUUACUUUUUUAUAACAUACUUCCAUUUCAGGUAUGGGACUAUUUUUUUCCUUUUCCACUUAUAUUUAUAUGAACAACUAAGCUAUUGCAACCAUCUUACCCAUUUUGAAACAUUCAAGAAAGAAAGUGAUAAACUCUACAACUUACAGUUUCAGAAUGUCCUUUUAUGCAAUAGCUGUUUUAAUAUUAUGCAGUUUAAGCUCAAUGCAUUAUUGAUAAUUUGAAGUACAAUUUCAUGAAUCAGUUCCAAGAGCAGAUGAUUCAGGCUGGUCAAUUAUGCCUGGUUAUGAUAUAUCCUGAAAUAUUUACUGACUCAUAGACUUUACUAUGGUGCAAUUUUUGUGUGACUUUACCAUUUUGGACUUUCAUUUGGCAGAUUAAUCAGCUUUUGGAGAUUCUGCUUGAAAGUGAACUGAACUUUAGAAACAGAUACCAGAUGUUUCGAGACAGAGGACAGAAAUCGAGGAAGACUUUGAUGCAUUAUGCUGCUGAGCUUGGCUUCUUACAUGUCACCAAAACACUUGUGAAGAAAUGUCCUGGACUGCUAGCUGUGAUGACAAGAGAACCCUACAGGGAAAAGCAAGGCCUGUUGCCCGUUGAGUUAGCCUUGUUAACACAGAAUGAUGAUGUGACAGCAUAUUUGAUCCAAUUAAUGAGUCAUAACAGGUAUGCAUGCACGUUCCUGAGUAACUUUAUCAGACAGUUCAGGAGUUUCCAGCACCUGAGGUGGAGCUGGGUUUUAAAAGACCAAAAAAAUAUUUUGAAAUGAUAUGUGGAAGUUAUUAACAUGAUAAUGCUUGGCAAAGAUUUUUAUCAAAGGGCUGGCAUAAUGUGCAGAUUGCUUAUAAAAUCUUUGAAAAGAGGGCUGAUGGAUGUUAUGGAGGAACUCAGUAAUUGACUUUGAGUACUUUAAAACCAUUUCCAUUAUAUAGUUAUGAUCACAUUCUGAAUUUCUUUGAAAUGAAACUGGAGGGUAAGUUAAAUUGAAUAAAAAUUUACAGUUAUCACCUUCACAAAGUGUGGAAUGGAAAGGGAAUUCAAAAUACAAUGGGAGAUCUUCAUUUUCUCAAGUUUUUUGAAACUUAAAGGCAACAUGUGGCUACUAGACUUUCUGUUGAUGAGUUUGUAUUUCCUUGGUUAUUAGAGCACAAAUUUUAUUUUCUUGGAUACCAGAAGAUUUGACCAAUCCUCAGCCAUCUUUAUUCAGUUUCAAGUCCAUUAUAGAAAAUCCUAAGAUGAAGGUAAGCAUUUCUACAGUUAUCUAAUAUAGCAGUUCAAUACUUUUUUUUUUUUUUUUUAAGUAUCAGGACAGAAAAAAAACCAUAGAGCCAUUGAUGAGGAUUUUAUGAAUUCUUGACUCUAGAAAGAAACUUGACUAGGUGAUGAUCUAAUACUAAUAUACAUACACUAUAUGCCUUUCAUGUGCAUAUCAGUAUACUGAAAUGUAUAUACAUGCUAUACAUAAAUAUGAUGCAAACUUGUGGCUGUAGUUUUUUUUGAAGGUAUAUAUAGGUAUAAUGUUUUUUUUUUUCCUGUCCUUGUGAUAAUAAAAACAGAAAACAGUAGUAGCAUUACUGGACCAGAUGGUGAAUCCUCACUGGCCACACCUUCCAAAACGCAAGGAGAAGUAUGAUAGUGAUAAGGAGAGUGCUGGAAUUGAAGGGGUCUGGAGAACAAUACCAGAUGAUCCUUUGGAUUAUCAUUUUUACUAUCAUAUUUUGGAUGGUGAUGAGGGAGGACGACCCCCAAAAGUUUUUAUGCUAGGAGGACAAGGACUGACAGAAAACAAAUAUUUCAACUGGAGGGACAAGUCUUGUUUACAUGUCAUCGCUAAGAGCAGAAAUUUGGUAAGGUUGAGGUUUUGAAAGGAGAAAUUAUUCUAUGUGUGGUUAUCCUAUGUUUGGAGAUAUGCAUGCAGGAGUUAUCCAAAAUAUUUGGUUCUCUAGCUUGUUAGAUCAAGGGGUUGUAGCAACACUCUCAGAUUUUUGGGCUCAUUUGCCAAGAUUCUGGCUUUUACUUAUGUUUACCAGCUCAUCUAGUUGAAAUGUUUUCAUUUGGUGCAGGCAACACAAUGUUUUGCUGUUCCAGUUGUAGAAGACUCAUAUUCUUGCUUAGACAUUUCCUCUUUGGUUUUGUGAUUUUCCAGGAGGCCCUCCAACAUCCUGUGGUCAGAAUGUUGGUUAAAGCAAAAUUGAAAAGUUAUGGACACUUCUUUCUUAGGUGCAUGUAAACCCAGAGGGAAAAAAUUGGGUUACCUAAGAUUGUUCUAUUGAAAAAAAAAAGAAAUAGAAAUGACUGUGUUGAUCCAAUCUGCUAGGAAUGUAUUAGAGCAAAAGAAGGGUUUAAAGUGGAAUUAAAGAGGAGAAAGAGAGACUGAGGUUAGAGUAAGGAUUCCUGGCAUGUUCCAAUCCAUCUGCCAAAUAAUGGAUUUUUUUAGAUGCCUGGAUAUGGCCUUUAGAUCGUUACUGCAAAAAGCUGAAAUGAAGCACAAAUGAAAGCAUUAUAAUGUAUACUUGUAAUGUAAAAUUUAGUUAUACUUAUUAAUAAUGUUGCUAUUUAUUACACAGCCUUCAAGCAGCAUUGUAUGUGAUCUUCUUGCUGUGUUUGUCAUAUUCUUUGCUGAGUGCUUCCACAGCAGGGGACCCCAUCCAAUAUGGGGGGGAAGCUGAUUCACUGCGUGGAUUUUGUGAGAUUUUCACCCUUAUUAUGGUGGUCUUUUACAUAUGUGAAGAAAUUAAUCAAAUGAGAUUGUAAGUAUGCAAUUCCAGUGAGCGUAAAAUCAAGUGUUCAUGUAGGUUGAUAUAGAUUAGGGAAGACUUGGUAGUAGUUUAGAGGUGGAAUUAAUUACUACACAACCAACUUUGAGCGUUUGCCUUUUGUCAGAUUGAGUAGAGGUGAUGGAAUUGUUAGGUCAUGGUAAGGUCAUGGUAAGGUUAAAAAAAUAAGAAUGAAUUAAUUGAAUGAAAAGUGUUCUUUGCAAACCUUGAAUCUGUCUGAUUUCCCCUAGAGAGGGGAAGUCGUACUUCACAGAAUGGAUGACCCUGUUUGACUGGUCAGGCCUGUUGCUGAUCCUGUGUAUAAUACCCUUACGGUACACGCAAAUUAAAGCCCAGUGGCUUUUGGCAUCUUUAGCUUUCUUGUUCAACUUCCUGAGGAUCUUUAAGUUUUCUUGCUUGACAAGGUAAAAUGCAUCAUAAGCUACGUUUGAUAGGUUUGAGAGAAUGUCAGCAAAUUAGAACAAGAAAAUCGUAUCUGUGAAACUUACUCACACAGUUGGCUUAGGUUUGGAUUUUGGUUAACAAGCCUAAUUUAUAAUUAGUGCAACCCCACCGUCUUGGCACCUUCAUGAUGGAAAUUUGGAAAUUUUUAAAACGUCUCAACGAAAAAAAGGUACAGAAUAGAAAGAUUAAAAAAAGCGUCCAAGGAGAGGAGACAGACGGGAGUAAUGGAAUUAAAAGAAUAAAGAAGAUGGGAAAUUUUGUUAAAAAAUCCCAAUGCUUUCCAUGGAGACGACGCAUGGCAACGUAUCCACCUCACCUGAAAUUUUAUUAGAAGACUGUUGAAAACUGUUAUAUUCUUAUUUAGUAUAAUUCGAACAUCAUUAUGUAUCACAUAACUUGUGUCCUUAAUGUAAUAGAACCGUGUAUAUUUUUUUUCAGGACAACCGGAUUAUACACAAAAAUCUUGGCUAAGAUCAUUUUGCACGAUGUGACAAGAUCCAUGGCGGUUUUUAUUGUUAUCUUUUUCUCCUUCUGUGGUGCUUUGUCUUUAUCGCUCUGUUACUCCGAUGAAAACCAACAGUUUAGGUAUGUCUUAAUCUUGCUUGCUUAAAUGCUACUGAAUAAUGUGUUGAAUUAUUUGGUUGGCUGAUGUUUACUCUGCACUAUCUGCGAAUUUUAGUUGGAUGAAAUGUAUAUGAUAACACCUGAAGUGAUAUGAAAUUUCUGUUAAUGUGUUGCAGAUCAGUCUAUGUGUUACAGUCCAUGCUAAAUCCAUUUUUUUUUACAUUAGUGACUUCGGAGAUGUGUUAUUGAGUGGCUUUCGCGCGCUCUCUGAACAAAGACCAAUUGCUUACGAUUAUUCAAAUUUCAAGUGAGUUGAUUUUUCUCUAAAAGGUCGAAUAUGUUUUUACUCCGUUUACUUGUUCAGAUCUCUUUACCUUAAGAUGAGUUUAUUACCACUAAGAUAAUAGGUGAAAAUAACCACGUAAGAGCAUUUGAUUUAUUCCUUGCAGCUGGCUCUCCAUUCUGUUAAUGAUGGCCUACAUGGGGAUCGUGAUAGUGAUUCUACUCAACAUUCUCAUUGCACAAAUGAGUACGACCCACACGCAGGCCAAGAAAGUCGCCCGUCUGGAGUAUGAUGUGGAUCGUAUUCUACAACUCACACGCAUGGAGAGAUUUCCUUUUCUGGUAAAUGAACAUUCUUCGCUAAUGGAAUUGUAGCAUUUUAUCAUUAAGCAUGCACCGGUGUUCGUGAUUGACGCUAAGUGGCAGCGUGCAUUAGCGCCAUACGUGACUGUGAGCGUGAGGAGAAGAACGUACCGUUAGGGUAGGAGGGGGCUUAGGUAUAGUUGUAUUCUUCUGCAAUUGAGGGGUGGCCUCAUAGACUUAAUUACUUUUACAUCUUUUCUUUAUGCAGAAUCUACGCGUGAAGUAUUACAAAGAGGGAGACUGGAUCAGUGAAAUGAAACUCGCCCAAGGUCUGCGUGAAGUAUUUAACCAGGACUACUUUCACGAUAAUUUUUAUGCGUAGCAAUCGGGAAAAACAGUUUUUUUUUAGUCUUGUAUCCUAUUUGUACUUCUCUGAACGAAGGGAGAUGAAGAAGACCUUCGGCUCAGUUGAUACUCAGUUAUAAUAGAAAAGGAAUAAUCUUUCUCGUGCCUUAACAGCUGUAAGGUUCUUUAUCUUCCUAAAUGUGAUCUUGGUUUGUUUGUAGAUCUUCUUGAAUUCAGUGAAGAUCGCAGCCCUUGGGAGUCGGUGGAAGAGAAACUUACUGCGAUUCGGUAA